UUCCCCAAACAAACCGAUCAAAUUGCAUUCCUCUCUAAAACCUAAGCGUGUGUGUGGACUCUCUUGUUUCUCAUGAGAGGGGCCCACAAAUGAGCUAGCAGGCAUUGAAAUCAUUGCGAGGAAGCAUCCAUUGUUGUAUCAUGUGAGCAAUAAACAAUGGGGUUUGGGCAACAGAGACAGCAAGAAAUUUUGAAGAGCUGAACAUUCUAAUCGUUGUCACAUUUGGGAGAGAGACGCAAAGCGUCGGUGUGGGGGCUUCAAUUAUAGCAAGAAAAUCCUCAGAAAAGCAAGCCCCCAACUCCAAAUUCUCUUCCCUUCCCUUCUCUGUUUUCCUUUCCUUCUGGAGGAGAGAAGAUGCAGAGGUCCCAAGAUCAACGGUCAAGAUCUGCCAAACCCACCACCAUACACGGCUUCGCCCAGUUCGGAGAUCUCCUUGCUGUUCAGAAAUUACUUCGUGACAACCCUUCUCUGCUCAAUGACCGAAACCCCGUUAUGGCACAAACACCUCUUCAUGUUUCUGCUGGAUACAACAAUGUUGAAAUAGUCAAGUUUUUGCUUGAUUGGCGAGGGCCAGAAAAGGCCGAGUUAGAAGCCAAGAACAUGUAUGGAGAAACUCCUUUGCACAUGGCAGCGAAGAAUGGGUGCAAUGAAGCUGCACGGUUGCUCCUUUCUCAUGGUGCUUUUGUAGAAGCCAAAGCAAAUAAUGGGAUGACUCCAUUGCACCUUGCUGUUUGGCACUCACUACAUGCUGAAGACUGCUCAACUGUCAAGACAUUGCUUGAGUAUAGUGCCGAUUGCAGUUCCAAAGACAAUGAGGGCAUGACUCCCUUAAACCAUCUUUCACAAGGUCCCGGAAGUGAGAAAUUGCGGAAACUUCUUAACUGGCACCUUGAAGAGCAGAGAAAACGUAAAGCCAUUGAAGCAUGCAGUGAGACAAAAGCUAAGAUGGAUGAACUUGAAGAUGCGAUAUCCAGCAUUGUGGGCCUGCAUGAGCUUAAAUUACAACUCCGUAAAUGGGCAAAGGGGAUGCUUUUGGAUGAGAGGCGCAGGGCCCUAGGGCUAAAAGUUGCCCCUCGAAGACCUCCUCAUAUGGCCUUCCUUGGCAAUCCUGGAACAGGUAAAACAAUGGUUGCUCGAAUACUUGGAAGAUUGCUUCAUAUGGUGGGAAUUUUACCUACUGACAAAGUAACAGAAGUGCAAAGAACUGAUUUGGUCGGGGAAUUUGUUGGUCAUACCGGACCAAAGACUAGGAGAAAGAUAAAAGAAGCCGAGGGAGGAAUCCUAUUUGUGGAUGAAGCCUAUCGACUAAUACCUAUGCAGAAGGCAGAUGAUAAGGACUAUGGUUUGGAAGCUUUGGAGGAGAUCAUGUCUUUCAUGGACAGUGGAAAAGUAGUAGUCAUUUUUGCUGGCUACAGUGAACCAAUGAAGCGCGUGAUCACUUCUAAUGAAGGAUUCUGCAGAAGGGUGACUAAGUUUUUUCAUUUUGAUGAUUUUAGUUCGAAAGACCUAGCCAAGAUUCUUCAUCUUAAGAUAAAUAAUCAAGCAGAGGAUAGUUUGUUAUAUGGAUUUAAGUUGCAUUCUUCCUGUAGCAUGGAUGCAGUAGCAGAAUUGAUAGAGAGAAAAACCACUGAGAAGCAGCGUAAGGAGAUGAAUGGAGGUUUAGUGGAUCCAAUGCUAGUUAAUGCUAGAGAGAAUUUGGAUCUGAGGCUCAAUUUUGACUGUAUAGACACAGAUGAACUACUUACGAUUACCCUCGAGGAUUUAGAAGGAGGUCUUCAAUUGUUAUCACAGUGAGACAAAGGAGGGAAAAAAAAAAAAUCUCGAAACAAUUCAUUUGGCGGAUAUAUUUCGAAUUAAGAAUGUUUGUCUCAAUCAUUGCAGAAGACUCUGAGGUUGUCAUGAUGUGGGUUUGACAAUUAGCAGUUGUAUGUUAGGAGACAUUCUUUUAUUGUAUACGUUCCCCGUUUUGAAAGAAUAGAUUUAUGAUUUCCAUAGAUAUUCUUGAAAUUCUUUAUUUCUACACAUGUAGAAGAUUAUUUGUUUUGACCUCUUAAUGUAUAGCCGUCUUUGGAAGUUUGGGUUCA